CGACCAACCUCGGCCGAACGACCUGCGAUGUACGGCCGUACAGCAAGACGAUCAUUCCCAAUCUCAGUUAGUGGUGGGAAGUCUUACGAGCUGGAGGUUUGUUGUUUGACGUGCUCGGACACACGGUUAAGCGUACGAUUGCGCACAUAAACUGGUGACCUACCUUGAGGGGCUGUGUUUGUGUGUGCGAGUGAGAUUUCGGAUCAAAAGUGCUUACAGUGCCACUAGGGAACUACGGUACCACGGUUGAAUAACUGUUUUGUGCCCCGGGAGUCGAAAAUUGUUUCGCGCAAAAAAGAGGCAUCCCAUAAACCUACACAUACGUCCGCAUUCACAUUCAGCAUAGUGCCAAACAGCUGCCAACAACAAAAAUGCAUAAGUGUGUUGCAUUGUGCUUCACGAUCCUGGCCCUUGUGCUAGCGAGUCUCUUCUCUACCGCAGAAUGUACGUUACAACCAAAAGCUCCCAAUUUUCAAUACUUUGAAAGGCCAAAGUACCGGUAUCCUUACUACGAUGAAAACGGCAAAGGAAAGCUACUCUACGGCUAUGGCGGACCAGAACUAUACCAAUACAAAAGCUUCUCACCCUUGGAUGGUAUUCAUUGAGCGCAUUAAAUUCACUGCUGUCCUGAAAGCAAUGGAGCGAUACUUCGGCGCUUUACCAUACCAUAUGUUGCAGGUGGCAUCGCAUUAGUCCGCGACUGUUUCACACAAUCCGCGUUUUUCGUUCACUACCUUUUUGUGGUGGAAUAACAAUAAUGGUAAAAAAUUCAAUACAUCUUAUUACUUAAGCCAAGACGUGAAGAAGAUGAACAUGAGGAAGGGAAUUUCGUGUUAGAAAACAUUAAAAUAAUUUGUUACCAAAUAAAUAUAAACAAAAUACCUUUUA